AGUGUUGCAAUGCUAAGUUGACACCAUGGACCGUACUGAGCCCUCACCAAGCAUGCCACAUAUCCUAGAAGAAAGGAACAGUGUUAAAUUGUCCUUUAACCAGUGCACACCUCCAUCACAAGGUGUUGUCCUUAAAAAGCGUCGCUUCCGGCAUACUCUUCUGUCUGCUAGGAGUAAGAAUACAAAAAGGAUGGGCAGCAAUGACAAUGAUGAGAUGGAAAAUCCUGAGACGAACUCGUUAUCUCUCAUGAGUGAAGCAGGCCCGGUUGUUAAACCUAAGAGUUCCAACUCGGAAGAACCGACAUCUUAUGUGGGUGCACAGCCUCUGCUCAGAGUUUCACGAAAGUAUCGCAUGAGGGACCAGUAUGGAUACCUUUUGGGAAAAAAAGAACACAUGGCAAGGGCACCAGCCUCCGCCACAUUGUUACCUGCAUCACGUAUGGAAGGGUGUAGCAAGCUUACUCUCAAUGUCAGACGUCUUAAACUUGGAACACUAAACAUGAUUUUCAGAGGGCCUGUCACAUUUUCAAUGGAUUAUAUUGAGAUUACAAAUGAAGUGCGAAUUGAGGCAUUAGAGCUCACCAGCUGUGAAUGGUGCAAGGGAUAUCACCUGCCUGCUCUGUUUCUGCAAAUGACUGAUGCAGCAUGUUGCCGUCUGAGAGAGCAGCUUGCCUUGUCUACAGAUAUGGGGACAUGGGAUGGCUGUCAGAGCACUAAUCAAGAAAAAUACCUCCUCAUUAUCUUUGAGCGUGUGCCAACGGUGGUGGAGGAGGCUACACUAGAAGAAAUAUUCACAGAAAUUGGCAAGCUUAAGCAUCUUAGCAUCUUAGUCAAACUCACAUGUGAGGAAGCCAAUGACAGACUAAUGGCACAUAAACAUUCUCAGAAGGAAUUAUUCUCAGGCCCCUUCUCUCCCACUAAUGUUCAGAAUGAGGUAACAACGCUGAGUGUCCCAGACAGUGAAGCUGAUGAUGAUGACCUGAUGGAGUGCCCAUCCUCACACACUCAAUUAACCAAAGCACUGGUCAUAUACCCACCUCCCCCAGCUAAGGGUGGCUUUUCCAUCACCACGGAAGACCUCUGUUGUCUUGAUGAAGGCGAAUUCCUAAAUGAUGUGAUAAUGGAUUUCUAUUUGAAAUAUUUGGUCUGUGAGACGUUAAAGGAGGAGGAUGCCAACAGGUAUCAUGUGUUCAGCUCCUUCUUCUACAAGAGUCUCACUCAGAAUGACAUGCAGGAGGAUCCAGAUAGUACAAGUUUAUCCAUUCAAGAGAGGAGGCAUAAACGGGUGAGAACGUGGACCAGGCAUUUGGAUCUUUUCAAAAAGGACUUCAUUUUUGUCCCGAUUAAUCAGUCGGCUCACUGGUACCUGGCUGUUAUCUGCUUCCCGGGCCGAGCUUCACAAUGCUCCAUCAUGGAUCCUUGUGAGAAUAAGAACGAGGAGAACUCGAUAGUGUUUAUUUCCAGCUCACCUUUUUCAAACCCCAUGUCACUUUUCUACAAACACCAAACAUCUGAGCAGGUUUCCAAGUGGAGUGCAUCUGAAGGUGUGAUGGAUGAGGGGUUCUGUCUUGUUUCAGAUGAUGACCUAGAUGAGCAGUGUAAUGGAAGCAGCAGAUAUGCAUUCAAAAUAAGUGAUACUACUUAUAAACCGCCCUGUAUUCUCAUUAUGGAUUCUCUCAGCUGUGGUGCCAAACCUACAGUGGUGCAAGUACUACAAGAGUAUUUGGAGAUGGAGUGGCGAGUGAGAAAGGGCUCGUUGUGGAGUUUUGAGAAACGACCCAUGAAGGGAUGGAGUGUGCAGGUCCCACAGCAGGAUAAUCAUACUGACUGUGGAGUUUAUGUUUUGCAGUAUGUGGAAAGCUUUAUCACAAACCCACCAAGGACUUUCAAUCCUGCCAUGGAUCUGAGGGACUGGUUUCCACAGAAGCUUGUGAAAAAAAAGAGGGAAAGAAUCAAAAGGCUUAUUUUUAGGCUCCACCAGCAACAGCAAGCUGAAUUAGGAGAAUGAGCGCCUCCUAGAGAUUCUCUUCGAUAAUUCAAACCUAACUCCAAUUCAGGCACUUAGCCCAGCUUUCAAAUGUCUGUUAUGAUUGAAUGCUUUUUGUUUUCUGUAUUUAGACAAAGAACACAUUUGUUUGUAAAUACUGUGUAAACAGUAUAUAGCAAAAUAAAGUAUUUA